GCUUCACAUUUAUCGGCCAGCCACCACCGCAUUUUGUCGAUAGUUCUAUAGCUCGAUUUGUUAAUUUUGAAGAACCACAAAUUAAGAUAUCUUUAUACAAACAUACUCACAAAUACAAAUGUAUUGACGCAGCGAGGACGCGCCUCCGUUUCCCCGCCCCUCCCCCACUUAUCUGCGUUUUUGUUCCUGUCUAACUAACGACGCAUUCAGUUUCUGCGAAUUGUGCACAGCUCGCAUAGCAUUUGAACGAAAACAUGGCCAGCGAGCCAGAGAACAAGCCGCCCAUAUUGCACAUUCUGGUCGUUGGUUUCCAUCACAAACUGGGCUGUCAGGUGGAGUUCUCGCACCCGCCGCUAAUCGCCGGCUCAACUGGUCGCAACGAGUGCCCAUCUGGAUGGAAGUAUUUACCAACGCUGGCUCUGCCCGACGGCUCGCAUAAUUUUAUAGAGGAUACGGUGUUCUUUAAUCUGCCCAGUCUGUUUGAACCGGCGGAAAGUAUUUAUGGCGUCUCGUGCUAUCGUCAAAUCCCCGUGGAGAAGCUCAAAAUACGGACUGCAGACGUGACCCGCAGCACCGUACAAAAGUCCGUAUGCAUAUUAGCACGCCUGCCCAUCUAUGGGUAUAUUGAGGUGAAACUGUCGCUCAUUGCCGACGCAUUCUUCGACCAGGGUGACUUCAGCUGCACAGAGCUGCUGGUAAAGGCAUAUCAGCAGCUAAAUUCGUGUUUGCUUGAUGAAGAGACGCGUCGGCCGCUGCGCCAUUUUCAUGUGGGUCUCUCGCUGCGCGAGAUUGUGCUCCAGUGGCGCCACAAGACGCUGAUACUGUUUAAGCUGCUGCUCCUCCAACGGCGCGUUGUCUGCUUUGGCUCUCCGGUGCGCGGCAUGUGCGUCUUAAUAUUGGGCAUGGCAUCGCUGGUGCCGCGUUUGCUGGAAAAGGGCUUUCAGGAAGUGGCCUGUGUGCGCACCUCCCGUCCACUCUCGCCAAUGCCUGACUUUACGGACUCGUUGCAGCGCGAGGCGGAGGUGGAUAUUGAGACGGAAACUGAAGCAGAAACUGAUGCUGUGGUUGAGAUUGAGCCUGACGCGCUACCAGAAGCGGAAGACUUGACGCUAGUUUCCUCGGCCGCCUCCGCGGGUUCACAGUGCUGCAACAGCAGCGGCAACACCUCACCGCGCACAACUCCAAACUCACAGUCGCAGGACUCAAGCUGCCCAACCACAACGCCUACGCACCAUGGUCUGCAUCGCGUCGACUCAACGGAAAGCGGUACCAGCGCUGGGGGCGGCAAGCGAAACGGACGCAGCAGCUCAUUGACUCGCGAGGCGAGCGUUGAUACAUUGGCCUCUAAUCUUGCCGCACUCUGCGCAAUUAAUCCGGACGAAUACCGAGCACCUGUCAGCAUCUUUGCCAGCGGCAAUUUGUGCCUGCCGUAUUUGUCGCUGCCGUACAUGGAUCUGCUCAGCGAUCCGAUGGUGCUGUCCUACAUCAUUGGCACCUCCAAUGUGCUUUUCCAGCAGAAGCGUCAGCUGGCUGACGUGCUCGUUGAUAUUGAGUCGGCCAAUUUGGAUGCUCAUGAUCCGGAAUUGCGGCGCCAGCUUGUGCUCAGCACCGAAGAUUUACGCUACAUGGACUACAUACUGAAGCACGUACAAACGCCCAAAGAGGAUGCUGAGGGAAGUGAAUACUGGAUUCGCGAACAGUUCCAAGGUUACAUAUUGGCUCUCCUACGUACUGCGAUAGCGCCGGAUGUUAAGGACAAUGAUCACUUCAAUCCGAACUUUAUGAACGCCUUUAAGCGCACACAGUGCUACCAGGAGUGGUUUGAUGUGCGACCUGAACCCGAAUUUUUUGAUGCACUACCCGUUGGCCAUCCGUUUGCGGGCACUCUGUCCGUGGCAGACAUGAAGCUGAAACUGGCGCAGACCAUGCAGAACAGCGAGAGCGGACGAAAGAUCAAUCAAGCAGUCAAUAACACUAGCCGAGCCGUUGGCGGUGCCAUCUCACAGGCCAAGGGGGCCCUCUCCAGUUGGUGGUCCUCUAUGAUGACAGCGCCUGCUAAUAGCACAGGCAACGGUGCCUCCGUCUCUGGUGCUGGCAGUGACAGCAGCCAAAGUCACAUUGACGAGGGCAUCGACGGUGCGGCGGCAUCACAAGAGCCGCCGGAGAUCUCAGUUACAUUCCAAAACCACAAGGACGAGGCGGAGCUAGAUGUGACCGGCGUUAGCAUACACAUGGCCAGCCGAAUCUGCAAUGAUAAUCAGGAGGAAGCACUUGAAUCGAGCAGCAGCUCACCGCAGCAGCAGCAACAGCAGCCGCAGGGCAUCGUUGAGAUUGGCAGAGAAGCCGAGCUGCUGGACAAAAUCACUCCCGAGGAUCACGCAAUGGCAGCAACAACAAACCAAACGCAAUCUCAGCCAUUACGUGCCGGCUGUGGCGGUGAUCUCGCUCUCUCCACUGGUACUGCGUCCGCUGUGGAGUGCAACAAUGGUGAUGUUUUUAUAGUUUGAGCGGCAAUCGCACAAGAGCAACAAAAGCAGCAAAAGCAGCAGCAGCAGCAGAUACACCAACAACCACCAUCAGCACUAUUACACACCAUACACACACACUACUGUAUAAAUUUACCUAAGCUAUACUAUACACACAUACUUAUUUAUUACAGCAAAAUGUUGUUUCAGUGCAUUUGUUUUGCAUUGCUUUCUUCUGUUUCACAUUACUCAAAAUUGGCCAAAAAUUAUAUUAUAUUAUGUAUGUGUAAUCGUAUGUAUGUAAGCCCAAGCCCAAACCCAACUCCCGCCCCUCCCACGAAGCGAACGUUCUCCUAUAUAUAUAUAUAUAUGUAACAGUACAAUGUAAAGCUAAAGCUUAACCUAAACUUAAACCGUACCAAGUGCAAUUUAAAACAAUAUAAUCAAAUGUUUGAUCCGCGUGGCAAUAAUUAAGCGAGAAUCCAAAGCUAGCAAUUGUAGCUCCAUCUCACUCACUUCUAUCUAUCUUUCUCCCCCUCUCGCUCUAUAUCAUGUUGAUAUUUUAUAGAGUAUUUCAUAGUCGACAAUGCAAGCCAGCCGACCGUUCAGUCCAUUCAGUUUCUGUACGUGUGUGUACAUUCACAACGAGGGCUGUUCACAAACUCCACUUGAAAUCACUCCAUGCAAGAAUUUAGACACUCAUCCAAUAAUACUUAUAACCGAAAUGUAAUUAAUUCAUUAAACGUCUCCUCAUGCAAAUUAAACAGUUAAUGAAUUGAA